AACGAACCAAAAAUGUUUGAUACGUUCAGUAACACUUUUAAUUAUUGUACAUAUGGAAUGAUUUUUGCAUUUAUCUAUCCAAACAAAAAGAAUUUAAUGAAACGAUUAUUUUUAUUUCUCAGUAUUUUAAUGUUUGACUUGUAUUGCUUGAUUUCUUUUAUAGGCAGCGUUUAUUCAUACAUUAUUCGAGUGGAUAUACUUAAUUUAACACGACAUAUGGCUGUGGGCAUCAUUGUCGGUUUAUAUAUAUUUAAAUCUUUAUAUUGCAUUAUAAACACUGACGAAUUUGAUAUAAUAUUAAACACUAUAUCUUAUGAUUUGCUUGAAGCCAAUGAAUUGGAUGACGGCGCUAAAAAACUAUGCGAGAUUUUUGUAAAAAAGGCAAAAUUUGGAGAAUUCAUUUGGAUAUUAUCACCAAUGGCGCUCGGCUCUGUAUUUCCUUUGUACGCCGGUGGAUCGAUGAUCUAUGAGAAUAUUUGGAAGGCUUAUCCACAUCGAGAAAUGGUGCACGAGAUGGAGAUGGCAUUUGUAAAAGAUACGCAAUACGAUUCGCCAACAUUUGAAAUUAUAUUUUUCUUGAGUCUAUACUGUAUUAUAUUCAUGUAUCCAAGUUUCUGUGGCAUGGACGGUUCUUUUUGCAUUGUUACAGUACAUUUAUGUUUUAAACUAAAGUUUGUCGGUUAUUUAGUUCGGAGAGCAUUUGAAGACGCCAACGAUCGUUUGGAAUUGCAUACCAAAUUAAAUCGUGCUAUAACAUAUCAUCAAAAGGCAUUAGCAUUUUACAAUAACGUACAAGAUUUUUAUGGCCCAUGGUUGUUUGCAAUUUUUAUUGUGUCGUGUAUUGGCAUUUCCUUUAAUGUGUACCAAAUUUAUGUUCUUCGACAAUUCCAUCUAAGAUACAUACUAUUUGUGAUAACAUCUGUUCUUCACAUAUAUAUACCUUGCGUAUACGCAAGCAAUGUGACACAGUGCAACGAAGUCUUAGCUAUUGAACUUUACGACGCUCCGUGGGAGAGAAGGCAAGACAUUUCAGCAACCAAGUCAUUGGUGGUUAUGAUCGCUAAUGCUCAACGUCCUCUAAUUUUUUCUGGAUGUGGCCUUGUGGAUUAUAAUAUGCAAUUAUUUGUGACAGCAAUGAAAACAACUUAUUCAUUUUACACGUUAAUGACAAGUACUUAAUUGGUGACAAACCAUAAGAUUUUAGUGUAGGAUAUUCACCUAUGUAUAAUAUAUAGUUAUUUGUUGCAAUAACAAACAGAGCUUAUUCAUUUUUAACGUUUAUCACAAGUACUUAAUUAGUAUAAGUGCUUGAAAUUGAUAGAAAUUGACUUCUGACUAACUUUCUUCUAAAGGUAUUUGUCAUUUAUUUAUUAAUUAGAAUAAAAUAUUAAAUAAUAGCAGUGUAAUGAACACACACAAUGUAUUUUACCUACAAUAUAUUUCUUAUUUCUUUUUUACUAUUAUUUUUUCUAUGAAAUUUCGCGGCUCCCUUUUGGCCACAACAGAAUAUCAGUGUUUUGCUCUUUUGAGGGCAAAGCAAUAAACUGAGUUGUGACCAUUUUGUGUUAUUGUGGCACACGCAUGAAGGGAAAAAGUUGUUACUUAUUUUGUGCAUUUUAUUUUUAUGUUUUUUAUUUUUUGUAUAUGUAUUUCUUUUAAUCUUUUUUCACUGUGCAUUUAUGUCUAUUGUUGUAUGCUGUAAGUAAUGCAAAUAAAUUAUCUAUCUAUCUAUCUAUCUAGUAAUAAUAAUAAAGGUAUUAAAUAAUACAUAUUGGCUUGUAACAAUCACUAGUUAAUAUUCUUUUAAUAGAUUUAACAUGUAAGUAAAUAGUUUUGAAUUGAUUUGUAAUAGUUAUAAAUAUAAGUUAACGAACUCAUGUUAUUUUAUUUUUUAAACUUAUCUUAAUUUUUAUAUAAUAUGUCUAUAUACAGACACAACGGGAAUUUAACGAACUAAUUGUUUGUCGUUUUGGACGAUUGUUUCGUCGUCAUCCAGAAGUCUUUUCGUCUGUUUCCUGCCACCGCUAUCUCCGCCCCUACCCCCAACCGCACUGACGUCUUCACGUGUCCUGCGAGCUGCAGCCCGCAGUGCUAGACGAAGAAGCUUUUUGGAUGAAAUCAUAACGAUUCGAAUCAAUUUUAAAUUUAUAGUUAUUGAAAAAUUUAUAUGGGCAUCGUGUUAAUGUUAAAUCGUACAUCUGUAACAUUGCUAUUUUUCCAUGGUAUUUUGUAUUCGCUCUGUUUUGAAGUUAGCUGUUAUUUCCUAUCGAUGAUAGGAUUUUUUUACAGAAGACUAAGGGAGAAGUUUUUAGUCCUCAGCAAUGGCAAUGUAUGAUGGCGACCAUGAGACACAGUAUAGAUACUCUGUCAUAUCAAUAGUAAUGUUGAUGUCUAUAGGCGAUGGUUACCACUUUCCAUCAGGUGGGCCGUCAGCUUGUUUGCCAUUCUAAGUUGCAUAAAAAAAAAUCUCUUACUCUCCGGGCUGAAUGUGUCCCGCAUUACACUACGUACGAAAUAGAUAGAUAGAUACUCUUUAUUGUUUCCUCCAUAAGAUUACAAUAGUAAACUUAUUAUAAAUACAAACAAUUACAAGAAAAUAUUAUAUUAAGAAAACAAUAUCGAU